AUGAAAUUCGGUUUAAUUUCUGCUGCUCAAUGUGAUGUCUUAGUGGAUAAGAUGGUUGCUAGGAUUAAAGUCUGGAGUUCAAGGAAUCUUUCCUACACAACAAGAAUGCAGCUCAUUAAUUCUGUGUUGAUGAGUAUUCAUAUGUACUGGGCUCAGGUAUUUAUUUUACCCAAGAAAGUACUGCAGGAAGUUACUAAAGUUUGUAGAGCAUUUCUCUGGAGUGGGCAAGCUUAUAGUCAGAAAAACAGUAACAUUUCUUGGGAAAGUUCAUGUUGUGAUAAGAAGCAAGGUGGACUUGGAUUUAGAGAUGAUGGGGAUUGGUGGGAGUAUAAACCUGUAGCUUCUGCUAGCUGGUAUUGGAAGAAGAUUUGUGCCAUAAAAGAGAGGUUGAAACUAGUCUAUACUCAAACUGAGUUAGCUGCUAUGCCUCAUUAUUCUGUGAAAACAGUUUAUGAGAAAAUCAUUGGUCCAAAACCUGUGAUUCAGUGGGAUAAUAUGGUGUGGAAUAGGCUGAAUAUCCCUAAGCAUAGAUUCAUAUGUUGGUUGGCAGUGCAGGACAGGCUUCAAACCACUGCAAAAUUGGCAAGAUUUGGUGUUAGUAAUACUGCAAGUUGCCUGAUUUGUGGACAAGCUGAUGAAGAUCAUAAGCAUCUAUUCUUUGCUUGUCCCUAUAGCAGCAGAUGCAUUAGUGCUCUCAAAGCUUGGUUAGGGAUUACUUAUUCCACUGGUAAUCUGAAGCAGCUCAUGAGGUGUAUUGCUCAUGGCAGAAUGUCAAAGUUUAGAAGGCAGGUUAGCUUUGCAAUGCUAGCUGCUGCAGUGUAUGCUGUUUGGUCAAGUAGGAAUGGUUGUUUUUGGAAUGCUUCCUUUCCAACUGUUCAGAAUAUGGUAGCUAGAGUUAAGCAAAAUGUUAGAGAUCGAAUUUUGGUUGUUUUACCUAAACAUGUAUCUAGGAGAGAUAGCUUGUGGUUUGCUACUCUGUAA